AUGUCCAUUUCCAUGGCCUUGUUUUCUCCCACAACCCACAUCCCAACCCUCUCCCCCUCUUCAUCUUACUCCAAACCCCACUUGACCCACAAGCCUUAUCUCUCUCUCAGACCCAAGAACCCUCUCUUCACCACCAAAGCUUCAGCUGAAAAUGGAGCAGAAGCUCUCGCCUCAGCUGCUACUGCUGUGAAGCCAGAAGCAGAGCCCAAGGUCCCCGAACCCGUCGAGCCCGUUCCGGUGAAGACUGAGAGCUCUGCUGGGGCUAAUGGGUCAGCUUUUGCACCGGCUGAGGAGGUGAAGGUGGUCGGCUUGUUUGAGGACAGCAGAUGGGUCAAUGGGACUUGGGAUUUGAAGCAGUUUCAGAAAAGUGGCAAAACUGACUGGGAUGCUGUUAUUGAUGCUGAGGCUAGGAGGAGAAAAUGGCUCCAGGACAACCCGGAAUCUUCCAGUAAUGAGAACCCUGUAUUCUUUGAUACCUCCAUUGUACCUUGGUGGGCAUGGAUAAAGAGAUACCAUUUACCUGAAGCUGAACUACUCAAUGGUCGUGCUGCUAUGGUAGGAUUUUUUAUGGCUUAUCUGGUUGAUAGCUUGACUGGAGUAGGUCUAGUUGACCAAAUGGGCAAUUUCUUCUGCAAAACAUUAUUGUUCGUGGCUGUGUCGGGAGUGCUUCUGAUCCGCAAAAAUGAGGAUGUUGAAAACCUAAAGAAGCUACUGGACGAGACAACAUUUUAUGACAAGCAAUGGCAAGCAACCUGGCAGGAGGAGACCCCAGCUAGCAGUCCCAAGAAUAAGUAG